AUGGCAAGGUGCCCAAGGCAAAGGAAGAAGGCAAUCAUAGCCGCUGUUUCUAUGUACUUGGACCUCCUUUUCAAUUUUAUGAAACUUGUUAUGCAAUAUUAUGACGCUGUUGAAUCUGAACGCUUGGAAAGCAUAGACCAGGGAACUGCUUGGGAGACACCAAUUGCUAGACAGCUAGCUAGGAAUUCUUUCAUGAGAUGUAUCGUUUCCCACGGUGAUAUAUCUUGCACUAUGCUUGUUAGGAUGAACUGUAGGACAUUUCAGAAACUUUGUAUGCUUCUUAGAGAUGUGGGAGGUCUUAGGUGUAGUUGUUACCUUGAAAUAGAUGAGAUGGUCGCCAUCUUCCUGUACACCAUAGCCCAUAACGAAAAGAAUCUUCAGCUCCAAGUUACCUUUCGUCGUUCAGGGGAAACGGUUUGUAGGGUCAUUAAAACUGUUCUACAUUCGGUUUUGAAACUGCACUCUGUUUUACUACGGAAACCGAAGCCUGUUCUAGAGAAUUCAGAUGAUCCCAAAUGGAAGUACUUCAAGAAUUGUCUUGGGGCACUUGAUGGAACAAUAGUGGAGGUACGUGCUACAAAAGAGAAUCAAGAAAGGUACCGUACUCGCAAGGGAACGAUUGGAAUGAAUGUCCUAGGAGUUGUUGAUCAGAACAUGGAAUUCAUUUACUGCUUGGCGGGCUGGGAAGGGUCUGCUCAUGAUGGGAGGGUUUUGAGAGACGCCCUUAUUAGACCAAAUGGUUUGAAGGUUCCUAGAGGUUUCUAUUACUUAUGUGAUGCUGGAUACAGCAACUGUGAGGGGUUCUUGUCGCCAUUUCGAGGUCAACGUUAUCACCUAAAAGAUUGGGAUGGGAGAAGACCAAGAUCCCCUGAAGAAAUAUUUAAUAUGAGACACUCAACAGCAAGAAACAGUGUAGAAAGAGCAUUUGGCAUACUGAAAAUGCGCUGGGCAAUUUUGAGAGAUACCACUUGGUUUUCUACCAAGAUGGUUACAAAAAUAGUCAAUGCAUGCUGUCUGUUGCACAACUUCAUCUUCAGACUAAAAGUGGGUGCUGAUGUGUUCGAGAGGUUGUAUGUUGAUGAAGAUGAAGACGAUGAACCAGAUGUGGAUGAAGAGCUUAUACUUCAUAUCCAGCCUUCAAUAGAGUGGUCAGAUUUUAGACAGAAAUUGGCACAAGAUAUGUGGAAUGCUAGGCCAUGGGCUGGUAAUUGA